AUGAAAAUUGCGAUUGCCGGCGCUGGGAAUGUUGGCACAGCCUUCGCCAGGAAGUUGUCCCAAUCGGAAGACGAGAUCGUUAUCCUCGCCUCAUCUCUAAAAUCCCACCUGAAGGACCUGAAGGUCGAGAUUCGUUUGACAGAUUACUCUGUUGAAAGCCUCAAACAACAUCUGCACGAUUGCGACGCCAUUAUCUCAACCCUCAGCGGUCCAGACGAUUUCUAUAUUUCGUCUCAUUCCAACAUUCUGGAGGCAUGCACACAGUCACCCUCUUGCAAACACUACGUUUUGUCCGAAUGGAAUAUCAACAUCGAGGAUUUCCCCGACCAGCCUAUGUUUAGUGCUACGACACAUGAGGUGGUGCGCAAAAAAAUGAGGUCGCAAACAAAUGUCAAGUGGACCAUGGUAUGCCAUGGCUGGUUUAUGGAAUAUGUCUUGCCGCAGAACAAGAAUCCACUUCGGGAAAUUGGGCGGGCGUGGGUGAUGGACCACAACUCCAAAGCUUUCGACAUCUAUGGCGAUGGCUUGCAGCAGCUCACUUUGACUUCCUUGAAUGAUGCCGCGAACGCAACCGUUGAAGUGCUCAGGCACAGCAUUCAGGCUGGGUCCGCAUUGCCAGAGUUUACGCAUGUCGGUGGGGAGGCUCUUACCUACAAUGACCUUUUCGCACUUGUGAAAAGGCGCGACCCAGAAUGGAAGUCUAGGCCUGUAACUAUCGCUGAAGUAUUGGACGCUAUUGUGAAAGGACUGGGGGCGAAUGACCCCGGCGUAGCUGUUCAUCAGAUGCGGCUCAUGGGGUUCACGAAUGCAAACCACUGUCCGGAGGACAGGGUACUAAAAUGGGGGAAGGGAGUUCUGCAAGGUUUAAGUGGUAUAACUGUUGAAGACUUUCUUAACGAGGCUAAUUCUACUUAA